CCUCCUGUUGCUCUAACGUGGGGGCUUGCGCGCCGCCGCCGCCGCCUCCGGGUUCCGCGCUCGUCAGCACGCGUCCCUCCUGCGGGUGAAACCUGGAUUCAGCCCGAGUAGCUCGGGACACGGCGAGUGGAUCCCCUCUUCUUCCUCGUUCUCCUCCUCCUCCUCCUUCCUCUUCCUUCCCCCUCCCCAGGGGGCGCCUCUGCUUCUCGUCCCGGAAGCCGCGUUCUUGGACCAGCCGCGGGGGGAUCGCGCGAAGCCCGCGGGCGGCAGCGGCGACGGGCAGGCAUGGAGGCGGCCGGCCGAGGCUCCCCCUGCCCGGAUCUGCGCGCUCCUCUUUGGCCGCGGCUCUGCUGCCUGCUGCUCCUGCUCCCGCGGCCGGGCAGCGGCACCUGGACCCGCGCGGGGCUGCAAUUCGCCUCCCGCAGAAACUGGUGUCCCUACACGGUCAUCAAGACGGUUUCCUGUCACAUCCAAAAUGGCACCUAUCUCCAGAGAGUUUUCCAGAAUUGUCGCUGGCCUAUGAGCUGUUCAGGGGGCAGCUACAGGACGGUGAUCCGACCGACGUACAGACAGGCGUAUAAGACGGUCACAGCCCUGGAGUGGAAAUGUUGCUCUGGGCAUACGGGAAUCAACUGCGAAGCAGAAACCGUCAGUUACCAGGAUGUUCCAGGUGCCACACACGGGAUCCCGGCUCUGAGCAGAGUGCCCAUUCGACCUGCAACGUAUUCCGGUUGUUUCAACUGCAGCAAAUUCUCCGAGCUUUUGGAAAAAGUAAACCUCCUGGAAGCCAAGGUAGCUACCUUCACAGCAGCUGGAUCCGGACCCUCGGCCAUAUCUCGACAAUGCUCCACAGGCAAUACGGCCCCCAACCCUUUAAAUCUGUGGGACCCUCAGGGCACGCCAGGAAAACCCGGAGAAGAACGCGGGACAGGAAGAUUGGCUUCCGAAGGACCAGCAGGCCCCGUAGGGCCCAAGGGUGAUGCUGGGAUUCGGGGCCCUUCGGGCGUUCCUGGGGUCAAGGGCCCCGUUGGACCACAGGGUCCUCCAGGUCCACCUGGCCCACCAGGACGAGAUGGAGCAAGGGGCUUUCCUGGUGAGAAGGGUCUCCCUGGACCUCCUGGACCACCGGGACCACCAGCCCCAGUCGGUCCCCAAAUUUCACCCAUCCCAGAUCAAAGGGAUCUGCUCCUCUCCAACUCCUUCACUGAAACUGCUAUAACUGGUCCAAUUGGACCUCCAGGACUUCCGGGCCCAAUUGGUCCCCCAGGACCCGCUGGAAAACCAGGUUCUCCAGGGCUUGAUGGAAUUCCAGGAUCACCAGGUGGUGAUGGGGCCGCUGGUACCCUUGGGCAGAAAGGAGAAAAGGGCGAAGCAGGACCCAAGGGUGACCCAGGCGAGAAGGGGUCCUGGGCCAUUAGCUUGCCAAGCUUCCUAGAACAGCAAGCCCAGCUGGAGCUCCUGGCUAGGAGAGUCACCUUGCUGGAAGCUAUCAUAUGGCCAGAACCAGAUCUGGGAUCCGGGCUUGAUCCCGCCACUACAGGGGUCCCCGGCUACGAUCGGAGUAAACGCAAUGAGAACUUGGCGGCCUACCAGGUGAGCUCGCACCGUCCUCCUCACAAGGGAGAGGAGAGGAAGAAAUGAAGGAUGGUCUACUCACCAUCAGGCGAAGAGGGCCACGUCUGGAUCAAGGGACCUCCGAUUUGGAGGGAGCACCAUGCUUCAUCCUCCUCCUCCUCCUCUCUGCCUUGGACCGGUGGUGAUGGAGACGGGCUGUUCAACAGCCAGGCAGGGGACAGGCCCCUGGCUAACGAUCCUACUUUGUAUUUAUUCUUUCCGCACAGAUUUGUUCCUGCUAUGGAACAAACAGGAAUAGAUGUUAUGGGGUCUAUGCC